AAAAAAAAAAAAAAAAAAAAUAUGUGAACAGUUUUAAGUCCAAAAUGAAACUUUGAAUAAGAGUAAAUAUUAAAACCUAGCAAAAAAAAAUAAAAAUAAAUAAUCCAAUUUACCAAAGGCUCAAAACAUGUCCACCUGCUCCCAAAAAUCAUCCUGCUCAAAAGUGACAUUCAACAUGACACUGUUAUCUAACACUGCUGCGUCUUAUCUGUCGCACUUUGACUGCUAUAAAUCAAAUAAUCAAACUGAUCUGGCGAGAGCUGCGAUGUAUCCGAAAUCCGUCAAAAUACCUCAUCUUGGUCACGCUUUACAGCGCCAGCUCGUUGUGUCGAUGUCUCGCCUUUAUUCCGCCUUCCUGAUUGUUUGUAAUUUGGCUUUUCAGAGAGGAUAUCCUUAGUCACCAGCAAGUCUCCCUGCAUAGUAGAUACAUGAUGUCGAUAUUGGGAAAAGUAAAAGCCCCUGACUUCCAGUUUCAUACACAGCAGUACCAACCGUUUUUCUCUGUCAAUAUUUGCUGACCACCUAAAACAAUGACACGAUUUUUUGACAAGUUGUUAUUAAAGCUUGAUUAUCCAGUAACGAGUAAUUGCUCGUAAUGAGUUUCUGACGAAGGCCAGUCAGAGGUUCUAUAGCACCAAUUGCCAGUCUUCAUACAAGAGAUCCUGCCAAAUCGCUUCAUCAGAGCCAUGACAGAAGAUAUGGCAACAAGCUCUCUUCAUUUCUUACACGGAACCCCAAGGCGGAUCUUUGACACAAGGGGACUCCAUGAAAGAUGACAGAGGAGGUGAUUGUUGUAGCCAAGUGGGACUACACAGCCCAGCAGGACCAGGAACUUGACAUUCGAAAAAAUGAGCGUCUGUUCCUUCUGGACGAUUCCAAAACGUGGUGGCGCGUCCGCAACACCGCCAACCAGACGGGCUACGUGCCGUCCAACUACGUGGAGCGAAAGAACAGCCUGAAGAAAGGCUCAUUGGUCAAGAACAUCAAGGACACGCUAGGUUUGGGGAAAACAAAGAGGAAAACAAGCGCCCGUGACACUUCGCCGACGCCGAGCUCUGACACCGAAUGUCCGACCAACGGUAGCGGGGGGACGGGAGGAGGAAGCGGCGUAGGGGCGGCGGAGAGAAUCAACGACCUCAACAUCCCCGCCGUGGUCAAGUUCGCUUACACGGCGGAGAGGGACGACGAGCUGACCUUGAUGAAGGGUUGCCGGGUGGUGGUGAUGGAGAAGUGCAGUGACGGGUGGUGGCGAGGCAGCCAGGCGGGACGCGUGGGUUGGUUCCCCUCCAAUUACGUGCAGGAGGAGACGGUCGGGGCAGAUGACAGAGAGGGGGGGGAUUCCUUGCGGAUAUAUCACACUCAAGGGACCGUGCUGGCCAACGGGAGCGUCGGCGUGCUGGACCUGGUGCAGACCCUCUACCCUUUUAGCUCCGUCACGGAAGAGGAGCUGAACUUCGACAAGGGCGAGGUCAUGGAGGUGGUGGAGAAGCCGGAGAACGACCCCGAGUGGUGGCGGUGUAAGAACUCGCGGGGCAUCGUGGGCUUGGUGCCUAAAAACUACGUGAUGGUGCUGGACGAGCGACCCGGCCCGCCGCCCUGCACGACCGUCUCGCCGCACAACCGCCAUGUGGCGCCGGCGCGCACAGGGAGGUUCGCUGAGAGGGACUGGUACUACGGCAACAUCACCCGACACCAGGCCGAGCGCAUACUUAAUGAGAGAGGGGACGACGGCGACUUCCUCAUACGAGACAGCGAGUCGUCGCCCAGCGACUUCUCGGUGUCCCUGAAGGCGGCAGGCAAGAAUAAGCACUUUAAAGUGCAGCUGUGCGAUAGCGUCUACUGCAUCGGUCAGCGCAGGUUCACCUCCAUGGAGGAGCUGGUGGAGCACUACAAGAAAGCUCCCAUCUUCACCAGCGAGCAUGGAGACAGGCUGUACUUGGUCAAAGCGCUGCUGUGAAACACGCAAACAUGCAGGCUUGAAAUGGCGUGGAAACGUUGGUUUACUAAUCCAAGCCUUAUUUGGACCUCUUCUGGCGGCAUCCUCUGUCGCCCCCUGGUGCCCGUCAGGUAAAGCUCGCUCUCACUCAUCCAGCAGGUGAGCACAGAGGCCUUCCCCCCACCGCCGGGGUCUUAAAAGUCCCCACGUGAUGUCGUACGUGUCACGUUCAAGUACGACCUAACACCAUUGCUCCUAAUGCAAACACAGUGACAAAAUGUUGACAGCUAGACAUUGUUUUAUUAUUUGUCUCUCCUUUGUUUGACUUGGAUUCCUCUUCGGAGGUGUCCACCAUUGCGAUGACGUCGGGAAGUGAGCCGAAUCUCUUUGUCACGCCAAACCUUUUUCAGUCUUCACUUCAUAUGACACACACGAUCCGCUUCUACAAACGAAUGACGUAAUGCGAUGGAGGUGACUGACGAAAAUGGUCUUGAUAGGCCCAAUACGUGUGCCAAAUGUUUUUUGGUUUUGUUCUGGGUUUUUUUCUCAUCUCAAAGUUACUCAUCUGAUUCCAAGAAAACCAAAACAUUCACUUGAUUUAAUAAAGUUUCAGACAGUCAACUCUUUGUGGGUUAGUGACUUAUAUAUAUAUAUAUAUAUAUAUAUAUAUAUAUAAAAUCUAUCUGAAUGUUAUUGAGCAUUGUUAUUUAAUUCUUGUCUCCACUGUAUGUAUAUAUUCCCGAAUAUACACCAAGCGCUCGGGCGUCCAAAUAUGGUACUGUAUCACCGACUUGAUGACUAUUGAAAUGCUUUUGUUCAAUAAAAAAGAAAU